CGCCGCCAAUUGGAUUCCGCCCCGCCCCUCCCCGCCGCCCGCUGCAGCCCAUCGCCCGGAAGUCGGAGGGGGUGGGUUCGCUGCCCGGGCGGCGCAGGAGUCGGGAGUCUGGGAGAGCUUCCACCUUCGGGGCUGGAGCCCUGCUCCCCUUGCACCGGCGCCUGGCUCCGCGCUGAGUCAGGAUGGUGGGACUCGCAGCCUCAGACGUGCCCCCGACCAUGGCGGUCAAAAUCUUCUCGGCUGGAGUGGCGGCCUGCGUGGCGGAUGUGAUCACCUUCCCGCUGGACACGGCCAAAGUCCGGCUACAGGGAGGGAGCGCGCUCCAAUGCGAAUGCCAGACCUCCAGUGCUGUUAGGUAUAAAAGUGUCCUGGGAACAAUCACCACUCUGGCAAAAACAGGAGGGCCAAUGAAACUCUACAGGGGGCUGCCAGCUGGCCUCCAGAGACAAAUAAGCUUUGCCUCUCUUAGGAUCAGCCUCUAUGAGAGCAUCCAGGAGUUCUUCACCACAGGGAAAGAAAGUUCUACUCCAAAUCUGACAAGAAUUGUCAUCAUCAGCUGUACAGAGCUAGUAACGUAUGACCUAAUGAAGGAGGCCCUUGUGAAAAACAAAUACAUUUCAGAUGAUGUGCCCUGUCACUUUGUGUCCGCUGUUAUCGCUGGAUUUUGCACAACGGUUCUGUCCUCUCCAGUGGAUGCGGUGAAAACCAGAUUUGUUAACUGUCUACCGGGACAGUACACAAGUGUGUCCAACUGUGCAAUGAGGGUCCUUCCUAAGGAAGGACCAUCGGCUUUUUUCAAAGGGUAGAAUGUGGUGUUCUGUACCUGUAAUAUGUGUUCAGGGUAUCUGUGUGCUAUGGAACGCUAUCUCAUCUAAACGAUUGACAGUUAGCUGACCAGCCUUAGAAUGUGCAGUAUACUUAGUGUCUACUUUUCUUUGCCAUAAAUUUCUCCAAUCCACCAAUUCCACUGUGCCAGAAAAUUUAAAUCUGUGAUAGUAAAAUUUUCUCAAGCUUGAUCAGAGGCUCAUUCAAAACCAGCAACCUCUCCCGUGGUCUCAAUCUAUUGGAAAUGUAGACAGUAUUUUGCCUUCUCUGGGCAGCAGAACUAUAAAAUAGAGGGAAAGCAUAAUAGAGAGCUAUGAGAAAGCAAGAUUUGAUUUUUACUAUUUUAAUUUAGUGGACUCAAUUUUUUAGAUUGUAUUAAAGCAAAACGAGAGAAAAAUCAUUCUCA